AUGGCGCUUCUGAAAAAGUUAGUAUGGGAUUGUCUAAAUAAUAGCGAAAAGUUGUUGGUGCAGCUUGGCUUACAUGAUGCUUUACCGACUGAGACCUUUCGAUUCAAGCAGCAUUUAGCUUCUUCAGAUAUGUGUAAGAGAUGUAACAAGAAGCAGGAAACAAUGGAGCAUUGCCAAUACUGUGAAGGAUCAAAAGCAAUUUGGCAUAUGUUAGAUCCUAGUAUCAUGAACUCGACGGCUGUUACUGAUCUUGAAAAGCGGUUUCGGAAGGCCUUGGCUGAUAAUGAGGCGUCUUUUAGUGUAGGACUUUGGUGGAGUGAAGUUAGAGGGGGGCAGUUUAGACUUGCCAGAGCAGAACAAUUUGCAGAAACAUUGGAGGAUUGUGGGCUGUUUGAUAUGGGGACUAUUGGGAGAAGAUUCACUUGGUACAGGAAGGUAAAAGGUGGGGUGCAGGUGGCUAAGAAGCUUGAUAGAGCAGUCAUCAACCAGGCCUGGCGACUAAUGUUUCCGAAGGCUUAUACUGAGGUGCUGGCGCGCUUUCACUCUGAUCAUUACCUGUUGUUCACUAGGUGCAAGAUGGCAGAGAGGGCUACCAAGGGCCAUCGUCCGUUCAGAUUCCAGGCUGCAUGGAUGACUCAUCCUCUUUUUAGGAAUGUUGUUGAUACAGCUUGGAAUAGAGGAGCUCUGGAUGUAGUCAAAUGUUUGUUGGAGGUUCAAAAAGAUGCAACUAGCUUCAAUAAAAAGGUUUUUGGCAAUGUUUUUGUUAAGAAAGGGGAGUUGGAGAGGCUUUUGAAUGACGUUCAGAUUACUCUGGAGAGUCGGGAGGAUCAACAGCUUAGGAUCAAAGAGCAAGUUUUGCAUCAAGAACUGAAUGCUGUCCUUCUUCAAGAAGAGCUGUUGUGGUAUCAAAAAUCUAGAGAACAAUGGAUGAGAUGUGGAGACAGAAAUACAAAAUUUUUUCAUCUGCAGACAGUUAUCAGGAGAAAGAGGAACAAAAUUCAUGGGUUAUUUUUGGAGGAUGGGUCUUGGGCCACGGAGACUACGACUCUAGAAAUGGUGGCAAAUUCUUUCUUUCAAAAACUCUUUUCUACAAGGGAGGAUAUUGACCUGGACGCCAUGGGGCCUUUUCCUUGCCCGUCUCUUAGUACUGAGGCUUGUCAGAAGUUAGUGGAACCGGUGACGUCUAAAGAGGUUAAAAGAGCUGUGAUGACCAUGAGUUCGUUUAAAGCUCCAGGGCCAGAUAGAUUUCAAGCAAUUUUCUACAAAGAGUUCUGGGACUCUCUUAGCAACGAUGUGUGUGGACUGGUCAAGCGAGCCUUUGAGGGUGAGCCAAUGAAUGCGGCUAUUUUCGAUACUCUCAUUGUUCUAAUUCCUAAAGUGGAAGUUCCCUUUUCCUUACGGGAGUUUCGGCCUAUUAGCUUAUGUAAUGUAAUUUAUAAAAUUGUCACAAAGGUUCUAGUUAACAGGUUCAGACCUUUCCUGUCAGAGAUCAUUGGUCCUUUGCAAGGAGGGUUCAUUCCAGGAAGAGGAACCACAGAGAAUAUUAUCAUUGCUCAGGAGAUUAUGCACUUCAUGAGGAACACCAAGUCUCGAAAAGGGACCAUGGCAUUCAAGAUUGAUUUGGAAAAAGCUUAUGACAGGCUAGACUGGCAUUUUUUGGAAGCUACUUUGGUCCGGUUUGGGUUUCUAAAGGCUACCAUUAAUCUUAUAUUGAAUUGUGUGACUUCCUCUUCAUUGGCAGUUUUGUGGAAUGGGAACAGGCUCCAAAAUUUCAAUCCGAAGAGAGGGUUGAGGCAAGGAGAUCCUAUGUCUCCUUAUCUAUUUAUACUUUGUAUGGAAAUGCUUGCCUGCUUUAUCUCUCAUAGAGUUUCCCAAGGUUUGUGGAACCCAGUUGCGAUUUCUAGGAACGGACCACGACUCUCUCAUUUGAUGUUUGCAGAUGAUCUUUUUCUUUUCUGUAAGGCAUCAAAAGCUCAAGUAAUAGAGGUCAUGCAUUGUUUGGACUUGUUUUCUAGAGCGUUAGGUUUAAAGGUAAAUCUUUAUAAGUCAAAGGCCCAGUGUUCCAAGAGAGUGUCGGAGAGGAGAAAAAAGGUUCUCUCAGGGGUCUCUAACUUUCAGUUCUGUAAUGAUUUGGGUAAAUACCUGGGAAUUAACAUCGGUCAUGCCAGAGCUUCCAGGAAGACGGCUCAGGAGGUUCUGAAGUAUAAAUAUCUCAGGAAUCAAUCUGGUAUGAACGGAAACAGUAGAAAUUCUUCAUCGGCUACCUGGAAGAACAUUGUUAGUGCCUAUGAGCAUCUCAAGGAAGGGCUUCAUUGGAAUAUUGGAGAUGUCCACAAAUCAGUUUGGUAUGAUGAGUGGACUCCUUUUGGUAAGCUUUCCAACCUUGUUCCUUAUGUACAUAUUUCUGAAUCAGAUUUCAUGGUAGCUGACUUGUGGAAAGGGGUGUCUUGGGAAGUUGAUAGUCUUACCACGCCUAUUCCGCAUGAGAUUAAGCAGUUUAUUUGUAGUCUGAGAUAUCCUAGUUCGACUGAGUUGGAGCCACAGUGGGAGUGGUGGCUUGCAGCAACAAAAAAGUAUAGUGCAAGGGAGGGUUACAGAUGGUUAUUAAAGAAAACAUUAAAUUGGAAUGCCAAUAGUAAUUGGAACUGGUUGUGGAACACAAACAUUCCAGAGAAGUUCAAAUUUACUAUGUGGCUUGGCUUACAUGAUGCUCUACCAACUGAGACAUUUCGAUUCAAGCGGCAUUUAGUUUUUUCAGAUAUGUGUAAGAGAUGUAAUAAGGUGCAGGAGACUAUGGAGCAUUGCCUUAGAGACUGUGAACGAUCAAAGGCAAUUUGGUAUAUGUUGGAUCCUAGUAUCCUGGACUCGACGGCUGGUACUGCUCUUGAAGAGUGGUUUCGGAAGGCCUUAGCUAACAAUGAGGCGUCCUUUGGUGCAGGACUUUGGUGGGUAUGGAGACAUAGGUGCAAUGACAUAUUCAAUACUGACAACCCUUGGACAGACCACAAGGUUGUUGCCUUGGCCAGAAUUACCGCUAAGGAUUUACAGGUUUGCAGGAAUCGAAACAAUGCCUUUAGGUCUCUCUGA